AUGGACAUCACCUCGUGCCUCCCAAUGAACACCGUCCAUGCGAUUGGAUCCACCUCAUCCGGCAUCUGCGCGGUAAUCCAAGACGAGAUGAGGAAAAAACACCCGGCGCCCUAUGUGUCGUUCUCUCAUGUGCCGCCAGCGCUGGUCCGGGAAUCGCUUGAUAACCCUGAAGCUUUUGGCUCCAGAGCCGUCCGCAUUUGCUACGAUGAAGAUACCCGGAGGCUCAUUGUGAAAAUUCCAGGGAAUCAGCACGAAGUCGCGACUUGGCAUUUAAGUAAACGGAUUAUCAACGACACUACCUCCAUGGGUCUCGACGACCAGCUGCUCCUUAAAGGAGCAGCCAGGGUGGAGGACGCUCCUGUGAAAAAGGAGCCGGACGCCUCUUUCAGGCCCGUACACCGUCCACCUGGGCGCGACCAGAAAUGGCCAUCGGUGGUAAUUGAGAGUGGGUGGUCCGAGUCGGAUGCACGUCUGGAGGUGGAUGCAAACCUCUGGAUCGGACGUUCGGAGGGCCUCGUCCAAGUGGUAAUCGCGGUGUGUAUUGAUAGAGACCAAGAGCUGGUGACGUUCAAGAAAUACGUUCCCGCGCAAGCCCCCUUGCCCCGUCUUCAGACUCUCCGGAGCCACUCCUGGCGCGCGGCAUUAUCCGAAACGAUCGCAGUGUCGCGAGUGAACCAGGUGGUCACGGUGACGGGUGCGCCGCUGACCAUCCGAUUCGAGGAAAUGUUUUUACGCCCGGCGUCAUCUCCCCUUCACGUUGGUUACACCUUUGAUGCCGCCGCCCUCCAGAAGGUUGCGGAGAUGGCGAGAGGGCGCUUGGCUGGAGCAGUGUGGGCGGGGUCCCCGUGCGAGGGUGGGCAGGAGGUGACCGGGGCGCCGUUUGUUAUCAGAUUUGAGGAUAUGUUUUUGCGACCGGCAAGGGGGACAUUCGAGAUGGAUUAUGUGUUUGAUGCGGAGAGGCGGCAAUCUUUGGCCGAGCUGGUGUGGGAUGAAGGGAGCGAUGUAUCAGACUGA